AUGUCCAGCCUGCUGGGCACCUUGCGCAGCUCCCAGCCCGUGGCGCGCUUCCAGCGCUGCUGCGGGCUCUUCCUCGCCGGCGAGGAGAGCGGCGGUGACCCCGCGGAAGGGGCCCGGGACCGCGGCGCUUGCAACGGCACCGUCGCAUCUCGCCGCCCGGCAGCCCCCAGCCGCGGGGCCUCCAAUGGGCUGCGGAGCGGCAGCGGCCCGCAGGGUUGUGCACAGAAGUAUAUUGUGAAGAACUACUUCUACUACUACUUGUUCAAGUUUUCAGCUGCUUUGGGUGAAGAGAUAUUCUAUAUCACUUUCCUUCCAUUUACCUACUGGAACAUAGAUCACUCUGUGUCUAGAAGGAUGAUAAUUAUUUGGUCUAUUGUGAUGUACAUAGGCCAGGUCUCCAAGGACAUCCUCAAGUGGCCUCGGCCCCUCUCACCACCUGUGGUCAAGCUGGAGAUGAGGACAGAUGCUGAGUAUGGGAUGCCUUCCACCCAUGCCAUGGCAGCCACUGCCAUCUCCUUCUCCUUUCUCAUUGCAACUGCAAACCAGUACAAGUAUCCAUUUGAACUGGGCCUGGCAGCAGCAUUUGUGUUUUCAGUGCUGGUGUGUCUCAGCAGGCUCUACACAGGGAUGCACACUGUCCUGGACGUGAUUGGUGGGGCACUGAUUUCGGCCGUGCUGCUCGUGCUCUUGUACCCUGCAUGGGACACGAUAGAUCACUUGCUGUUAACCAGUCCCUUCUGUCCACUGCUGUCCUUAGUUGUGCCUCUUGUCUUAUGUUACAACUACCCCAAACUAGACUAUUACAGCCCGACCAGGGGAGACACCACUACCAUCUUAGGAGCAGGAGCUGGAGCGACUGUGGGAUUUUGGUUAAACAACAAGUAUGCCAGCCCAGCCUACACCAGCCAAAACUUUCAGCUUGGAUUUCCUCUGAUUACCAGUAAAAUGGUGCUGGUCAUGCUAGCCAGGUUCUCCAUAGGGAUCUUUGUUAUUCUACUGACACGCCGGGUGAUGAAGGCAGUGGUCCUUGGUGUGCUGGGGUACCGGUACCGGUUCGCCAUGGGAGACCUGGAAGCCCGCAGGAGGCUGGAAGUGGAGGUGCCAUACAAAUUCAUCACCUACUCCUCUGUUGGCUUCUGUGCUACCGUGCUUGUGCCAUUGCUGCACGAGCUGCUGGGACUGCUGUGAGGGCAGUACCCUCCUCGCAGAGCAGCGUGUGGCCCCACCGUCUCAGAGAUGUGGUAAAAGUUGUUCUGGGCUGGUAACUUGACCAAAAAAGUGUUUUGUGCCUUUCUGCACUGGUCUAAAUCACCCACUUUGGAAGAGUUGCAGGAAUCGCUGUUCACCGAUAACUUUGGGUUAGAAAUCACUGACCCCACAGGAUCCCCUAAUUCCAGAGCCUUGGCACAGAGAGCUGAAGAUGACAAGCACAGUGUACAAAGCCCAAAUCCCUGUCAGAGAGGCAGCAGCUGGUUUGCCAGGAGAAGGAGAAGAAGGGGCCAAGGAAGGGCUCGUCCUUGAGGCACGGGGUAAUGAGUGGCUGGUGGAGUGGGGGAAGACACAACCAGCCAAGAGGAAAGCAUCUUCCUUCAGCAGCACAGAACUUUGUACCCUGCUGUCCCCCGAGGCCUGGGAGAAAAGGGAGAUGGCCUGAGGAUGGGAAGAUGAUGGGCAGGUGGAUGGAGGGUGCUGGGGUCUUCACCAGCUGGCACCUUCUUUCUGUGAGGCUUCAGUGAGAGCAUCCUGCUGGCUGAGAUGGCAGCAACGAACCUCAGUAGGGAACAGAUGGCCACACUUGGCUAUGGCUGUGUUUCCCUAAAGAAAUCUGAUGAUUAUUGUACUUGUUGCUUGUCACUGGGUCUUUUUCUGUGAGUAUGGUUUUACCUACUGCAAUACCUAAAAAAACCAAAGCAAACCAAACAUAACCCCCAAACCAACCAAAGAAGUAAAAGGGAAGAAAGAAGAAGCCCCCACAAAACAUUUUAAGUGAUUUACAACAAAUUCAUCUUGAAUAGUAAUAAAAAAGCCUCCACUAAAAGAUCCAGCACCUAUGUACAACUGAGCAGAGUUGUUACCACAGUGUUUAGGCUGGUGUUGAACCUGUUCAACUGUGAUUUAACUUCCCUGCCUACGAGACGGGACAAAGCCCUUCCUAUUGUGCAGGGGCUUGGUGACAAGUAAUGUUCUUAAACCACGUUGGAGAAGGAGCUGAGUAGUGACUUGGGUGCCUACAAUGCA